AUGGCUGAUCAGAACGAAAGGGCAUUCCAAAAACAAUUUGGCAUCAAUCUUAACAGAUAACUUAAGCCUGGAGUGACGAAGAAGAAAGUUCUCCGUCGCUAUCGCGAUAUUGGCUUGGGUUUCAAAACCCCCCGUGAAGCCGUUGAUGGUACUUACAUCGACAAAAAGUGUCCAUUCACUGGUAAUUUGCGCAUUCGUGGUCGUAUUUUGACAGGAGCAGUGCGAAAAUGUAAAAUGCAACGCACUAUUGUUAUUCGACGUGAUUAUUUGCAUUUCGUUCACAAGUACAGCCGUUUUGAAAAGCGUCAUAGGAAUAUGAGUGUUCAUUGCUCACCAUGUUUCAGAGAUGUCGAAAUCGGUGAUAUAGUUACAGUUGGCGAGUGUCGUCCACUUUCUAAGACUGUGCGUUUCAACGUUCUUAAAGUCAACAAGGGGCAGGGAUCCAAAAAGAGUUUUAAAAAAUUUUAACUUGAUGCUUUUUAAAUAAAUAAGAAAGAAAAAUACUUUCU